UCUUGUGUGAGUACUGCAUGAGAUAAACAAAGCUGGGAUUCAUGCCUGCAGCGUGGGGACGCUGAUCAUGGAAAACGCAUCUUUUGUCGAUGUUCUUGGCAAUGGAGCUGUACCUCCCUGACUGGACAGGGGCAGAUGGACAAGAACGCGUCGCAGCGGAACCGUCGCGCGCAGCCCCUUCACGUCAUCCCCUGCUUCGACCCAUUGGGACCCACAAUCGUCCUUCUCAUCACCACCGCACGGCACGGCCCUCACCUUCCUAGGGCCUCUCGCACCAUCCCAUCCAACCCACCGCCCCUGUCAACGUUCCUCUCCCCCAACGAAAUGCCAGACUCCCGCCCUUCAACCCCAAGCGAACGCCGCCCGCUCCUGCCCAGAGCCGUCGACACCGCCCGCGAGGUCACCAGAUCGAACUGGGAUGACUUUAAGGAAUUCAUCAACCGCGGGCGCGUCCUCGACCUCGCCAUCGGGGUCGUCAUCGGGGCGGCGUUCUCGUCGAUCGUCUCGUCCGUAGUCGACGACCUUCUGUCUCCCAUCCUGGGCUUGCUGGCUGCGCGGCCGCUCGACCAGGCGUGUGAGAAACAUCGGAAUUGGUGUGAGGAUCCGCAGACGGUGGAUCAGGCGAAGGAAGUGGGAAUCGUAACAUGGAACUACGGCCACUUCCUACAACGCAUCCUCUACUUCUCCACAGUAACCAUCAUCCUAUUCCUGGUCAUCAAAGCAUACACGAGCUUGCUGCACGAGCGGUCCAAGUUUCUGAAACGGUUGAAGGAUUGCCCGUAUUGUCUGGAGGAGAUCUCGGAGAAGGCGUCCAAGUGCAUGUUUUGUGGGAGUAGCGUGACGGUGCUGCAUAGGGGGGUGCCGGUUGGGGCCGGGGAUGGAGAGCAUGCGAUACCGCAACCUGCGAGUGUGAGUGUGACGACGGCGUAGCGUUGGACGAUGGGCUUUCGGUGGUGUACAUAGCUAGAUUUCGAGACGACGGUGAAGCAUGGGCGGCUUUUUUUUUUGCUUGACUGAGUAGACUUUCUAGCCUGGCCUAAUGGAAUCUCGUCAUCCAUUUCUGAAAACUCCGCUGACUUUCAUCAGCUUCCUUGAGAUGCAGCGUCAUGAAAAGCGGUGACGCUUGCGAUUCCUUUUUGACUACCGGGAUCAAAGUGCGUCCAUCCCCGGUCUGCAUUUCUCCGUCUUCCCUCCUUUCAUAAACCGCGCACCCGUUCGCUGCUUUGCAUAUCCUCUUCCCCUGAUUGUCAGCCUUUCCCCUC